AUGGCAGUGCCAAAUAUGGUGUUCUCUGACGUGGAAAGUUUCCUGGACUCGCAUCCCGACCUGUUCGAGGACUACCUGAACAGAAAGGGGAAUUUCAGCAUGGUGGAGAAAUGGCUCAAGAACCACCAGGCGAGCAAAAGUCCGGCGGCCGCGGCUCCCGCCGAGCCGAGAGAGGAGAAGAGCAACGCGUGCAAGGACAGCUGGGCGAGCAAAUGCGACGGUCUGCAGAGGAGAGCCUCGCAGAAGGAGCUGCGCAAAACUUUCGCCAGAUCCAAGGCCAUCAACGUGAACAGGACGUACGACGAGCAUGUGAACUCCAGGGCCCAGGAGCCCCUGACGAGCAUGAGGAGGAGAGCCCUGCUGAGGAAAGCGAGCUCUCUGCCCCCGACCACUGCGCACAUCCUGAGCGCGCUGCUGGAGUCCAGAGUCAACAUCCCCCAGUACCCGUCCACAGCCGUGGAUUUUAAAUAUUACCUCAAAGAACACAACGAAAGAGAGUUUUUCCUGGAGCUUGUGAAGGACAUCUCUAACGACCUGGAUCUAACGAGCCUCAGCUACAAAAUCCUGGUGUUUGUUUGCAUUAUGGUGGACGCGGACCGGUGCUCCUUGUUUCUGGUGGAGGGAACGGGCAACAAGAAGACACUCGUGUCCAAAUUCUUUGACGUGCACGCGGGCACCACGGUUUUGCCCUCCAUGAAUUCGGAUGAAGUUCAGGUGCCGUGGGGCAAAGGGAUCAUCGGAUACGUGGCCGAGCACGGAGAGACGGUGAACAUUCCCGACGCUUACCAGGAUCGACGCUUCAGCGAUGAAAUUGACAAGCUGACAGGGUACAAAACCAAGUCGCUCUUGUGCAUGCCCAUUCGCAACAGCGAUGGAGAGAUCAUUGGAGUUGCUCAGGCCAUCAACAAGUCUUCAAGUGGAGAGCUUUUCACUGAAGACGAUGAAAAGGUGCUGCAGAUGUACCUGCCUUUCUGUGGCAUUGCGAUCUCCAAUGCCCAACUCUUCGCCGCCUCAAGGAAGGAGUACGACAGGAGCCGGGCACUCUUGGAGGUAGUCAACGACCUGUUUGAGGAGCAGACUGACCUGGAGAAGAUUGUCAGGAAGAUCAUGCACCGUGCCCAGACGUUGCUAAAGUGCGAGCGCUGCUCCGUUCAGCUGCUGGAGGACAUUGAGUCACCGGUGGUGAAGUUCACCAAGUCUUUUGAGCUGCUGUCCCCUAAGUGCAGCGCAGACACUGAAAGUAGUUUCAAAGACAGCAUGGAGAAGUCGUCCUACUCAGACUGGCUCAUCAACAACAGUAUUGCAGAGCUGGUAGCAUCCACAGGACUGCCCGUGAACAUCAGUGACGCCUAUCAGGAUCCUCGCUUUGACGCCGAGGCAGACCAGUUCUCAGACUUCCACAUCCGCUCUGUGCUUUGUGUUCCCAUAUGGAACAGCAACCACCAAAUCAUUGGUGUCGCCCAAGUGCUGAACAGGCUCGAUGGGAAACCGUUCGACGAUGCAGACCAGCGUCUCUUCGAGGCGUUCGUGAUCUUUUGCGGACUGGGCAUCAACAACACCAUCAUGUACGACCAGGUGAAGAAGUCCUGGGCCAAGCAGUCCGUGGCUUUGGAUGUUCUGUCAUACCACGCCACUUGCUCCAAGACUGAAGUUGACAAAUUCAAGGCCGCUAACAUUCCCCUGGUGUGCGAGCUGGGCAUCGGGAAGCUCUCCUUCGACGAUUUCUCCCUGGACGUGGAUGCCAUGAUCACGGCCGCUCUGAGGAUGUUCAUGGAGUUGGGAAUGGUGCAGAAAUUUAAGAUCGACUAUGAGACGUUGUGCAGAUGGCUGCUGACUGUCAGAAAAAACUACAGGAUGGUUCUCUAUCACAACUGGAGGCACGCCUUCAACGUCUGCCAGUGCAUGUUUGCCAUGCUAACGACGGCGGGCUUCCAGGAGACCCUGACGGAGGUGGAGAUCUUAGCGCUUAUUGUAGGAUGCGUGUGCCAUGACCUGGACCACAGGGGCACCAACAAUGCUUUCCAGGCGAAGACGGGCUCAGCCCUCGCGCUGCUUUAUGGGACCUCUGCUACGCUGGAGCACCACCACUUCAACCAUGCUGUUAUGAUCCUGCAGAGCGAGGGUCACAAUAUCUUCUCCAACCUCUCGUCCACAGAGUACAGUGACCUCAUGCAGCUGCUGAAACAGUCCAUUCUGGCCACAGACCUCACACUUUACUUUGAGAACAGAAACACGUUCUUUGAGCUGGUCAGCAAUGGAGAGUACAACUGGAAUGUGAAGGCCCACAGGGACAUGUGCAGAUCCAUGAUGAUGACUGCGUGUGACCUUGGCGCUGUCACGAAGCCGUGGGAAAUAUCACGCAAGGUGGCAGAGUUGGUGACCAGUGAGUUCUUCGAGCAGGGAGACAGGGAGCGAUCGGAGCUGAAGCUCACGCCCUCCGCCAUCUUCGAUCGAAACAGGAAGGAUGAGCUGCCAGGGCUCCAGCUGGGGUGGAUUGAUGGGAUUUGCGCGCCACUGUACGAGACUCUGGUCAAGUUGAAUCCCAAACUCCAGCCGAUGCUUGACAUGAUCAAAGCAAACAGGGCCAAGUGGGAGGAACUGAACAAGAAGAGACAACGUGGCCAGAGCGUGUCUGCGCCGGCGAGCCCCUGCAGUGGCGACGCCGCGGAAACGAGUGGCGGCACCGUGGCCAAAACGGGCAGCGCGCCCUGCUGCAGUGGUGAUGCUGACGGCACGUCGUCCAAACCUGUUAGUUAG